AUGCAUCUCCCUUGUUCGGAUCUCGGCGGCAAAGGGAUGACGACUGACCUGUUCGCCGGGGUGUACGAGACCCUGCAGGAGUACCAUGGUGAGCUAGUGCAGACCGGGAGUCCUGCGAUCCUGUGUACAGCACUGCCGACACACUGGAGGUCUAACAAGAGUCUCCCCAUAGCCUUCAAAGUGGUGGCUCUGGACGACGUGACGGACGGCACCGUGGUCACCGUCAAGGCGGGCAACGACGAGAACUACUGCGCCGAGCUGAGGAACUGCACCGCCGUCAUGAAGAACCAAGUGGCCAAGUUCAACGACCUCAGGUUCGUCGGCAGAAGUGGCAGAGGAAAGAGUUUCUCGCUGAGUAUAGUGAUCAACACCUCCCCCUACCAAGUGGCUUCCUACUGCAAGGCGAUCAAGGUGACAGUGGAUGGUCCUCGCGAACCACGGAGUAAGUCGAAUUUCCACUACCAGCACCCUGGAGGCUUUGGGCCGUUUUCCCUGAUACCUCCCCAGUGGCUUGAUGCCACAUACAUGAGCUACGCCUGGCCAGAGUACUUCAGGAGACCCCAGGACCUCUGUAAACUACCACCUCCACCCAUCUGCCACCUGCCCAAAGGUUCCGCCACCAGCCCCACGACCGCGAUGCCUCCAGAGUUCUUCCUGCCCCCGCCCACGCUAGGUCUGUCCCCCGCCGCCUACACUCACCUGCUGCACUACCCAGGGAUGGACCUGCUGACUCCAGGGUCACCUCUGAGGAAGCCGUCCCCUCCACCGUCCACCGACACAUCCGAGGCCGAAGAUAGAGGUCCUAGUCCCGGCAGCUUGUCGGUGCGCUCUGCCUUCCAGCAAGUACGGCCCGCCAGGUCUUCGCCCGACACCACCACAGGCACGACGUCCCCCGACAUCGUCGUCACCGCGUCACCUCCCCCUCCCACCACGGACACUCCCGUCAUCUCACCCCCUGGCAAGGUCCUACCGAAGACGACGUCUCAGACGAAAGCCAGUGUGUGGAGGCCGUACUAA